GGGCCCAGGCCUGAGCUGGAAGCCUGGGCAAUGCGGUGGUUAAGAGGAUGGCCUUUGAGGCUAGCCAGAGGCGAGCUUUGGCCCUCCCACUGACCAGCUGUGUGCUUCUGAGGAAGGUGUAGACUUUCUAGGUACUGCCGUCUUUUAUUGUUUUUGUUUUGUUUUUAAUAUGAGAGGCCGCAUAACCUAGCUAGCAGGUUCUUUGCAAGGAUUCAUUCCACAUGCAUCCUGCCAGACACUGGGCUGAGUGUUGGAAGAUCAGCCUUCCACGUGCCAGGCGGGGCCUCUGCCGUCACAGAGCUUGCAGCCUGGUGGGGUCGGACGAUGUGGCUGGGGGCUUCUCUGCCCGGCUCCUGACACACCGGCCAGCAGUGCAGGUCCGGUGAGCGCGGGGAGGCCGCCCUCAGAGUAACGUGGGGAGCCAGCCGGCCGGCCGGACAGUGCGCGUGCACACACUACCUGCGGUGGUGUGCUGACAAGCCAAUUGAGGGGACUCCAUCUUACAAAACGCGCUUCAUGUCGCCGCCAUUCCAGUGCCUAACCCGGGGAGGGCAGGCACAGCUGGGAGCAGCCCCGAAGGAGGCUGGCGCCAGGCCAAGCGCCGGGCUUUGACGGCUGGAACCGUGGAGAAAAGUCUGGGCCACGCAUGCGCGAUGCUCUCGCCCUGCCCCACCUCUCGGUCGCGGAUUGGCGGGCGCGGGUCACGUGGGCACACCACCCACUUCUUCGCCGCAGGGGGCCCGCCCGCUGGCUGGUUUCCGGUCCGGUGGGUGCAAGAUGACGGAGCCGGGCGCCUCUCCCGAGGACCCUUGGGUCAAGGUGGAGUAUGCCUACAGCGACAACAGCCUGGACCCCGGGCUUUUUGUAGAAAGCACCCGCAAGGGGAGUGUAGUGUCCAGAGCUAAUAGCAUCGGUUCCACCAGUGCCUCUUCUGUCCCCAACACAGAUGACGAGGACAGUGAUUACCACCAGGAGGCCUACAAGGAGUCUUACAAAGACCGGCGGCGGCGCGCACACACUCAGGCUGAGCAGAAGAGGAGGGACGCCAUCAAGAGAGGCUAUGAUGACCUUCAGACCAUCGUCCCCACUUGCCAGCAGCAGGACUUCUCCAUUGGCUCCCAAAAGCUCAGCAAAGCCAUCGUUCUACAAAAGACCAUUGACUACAUUCAGUUUUUGCACAAGGAGAAGAAAAAGCAGGAGGAGGAGGUGUCUACGUUACGCAAGGAUGUCACAGCCCUAAAGAUCAUGAAAGUGAACUAUGAGCAGAUUGUGAAGGCACACCAGGACAACCCCCAUGAAGGGGAGGACCAGGUCUCUGACCAGGUCAAGUUCAACGUGUUUCAAGGCAUCAUGGAUUCCCUGUUCCAGUCCUUCAAUGCCUCCAUCUCAGUGGCCAGCUUCCAGGAGCUGUCAGCCUGUGUCUUCAGCUGGAUUGAGGAGCACUGUAAGCCUCAGACCCUGCGGGAGAUUGUGAUUGGCGUCCUGCACCAAUUGAAAAACCAGCUUUACUGACCGGUUCUUGGAAACCUGCAGAACAGCCAACAAGAGGCCCUUGAAUCUCUACUUGGCCACUGAACUGCUGGGCCCAGGAGAUUGGACUACAACACCUCACACUGGUCAGCUGGUUUCUACUUGGUGUUUGGUUUUCCCAGCCCCAUUUUAUCUUCAGCGGAGCUGCGGUGUUUGUUUUGUGAAAGCUUCUGAUUAAUUUAUUAUAUUGACGAUAAAACUCAAACCUACCCAGCCUUCCCCCCACUCCAUGGAAGUCCUUGGGAUGGGAGUCUGCUCUGGACACCCCAAAGAGGUCCUGCCCUCUCAGCCCUUUCUUCAAGCCUCAGAUUUCUGCUCAUGAGCUACAUAGAUUUGGAAACUGUUUUCCACUGUUUUCCUCUGUUUUGGUCUCUUGGGCAACAUCUGGCCCAAGUUGGGGCAUUUUGGCAGUAGCUGUAUGGGAGAAAAAGAGUAAGAGGAAAUAUUCCCCCAGCCAUGAAGGGUGAAAGGGCACCUUGUGCCUGGUCAGUUCCAGGUGAGGCCAAGGGCUUUCUGGCCAUCUCAGGGAGGGGCCACCAGGUUCCUCCCCUCACCCCAUAUUCCAUCACCUUCCUCCUCUGCUCUGGGUGAUAAGGGAAGCCCUCCCGGUUCCCACAGGCUGUGAUGCUGCACGGCAGAGGCAGGUUUAACACAGCACUACAUACUGGAAAUUUUUAAUUUUUCUAAAUACCAAUGCAGUUUUGCUACGGUUACAAUUUUGAAAUAUUAACUGGGCCUCAAAAUCACCCUUUCUGUCAAGCAUAUCUUGGCCUCUCCCAUGUCUCAGUGUUGCCUGCAUUUCUCCCAGGACUUGGGGGUGGGGUGAAAAGCGUACAAAAGAUAUUCAAAAGGGCUCCUGGGGUACACAAGCCCAGCAGGUCCUGAGUGAAGCCGUGGGCCCUCCAAAUGCUCGUUUUAUAGCAACCUCUCUCUACCCUAGUUCUCCAAGUUUACUUCUGCCUUCCUCAGGUUUGAUAUCUGGCAGGUUUGACUAUCCAGAGGAAAUUAAAUAUUUUUAUAUCAAAUUAAAUUAUAAUAAAUAUUGCCAAAUGCUUUCCUUUAGCAUUGUUCCAAGUCUAAAUGUUAACCUCAAGCUACUGCAGUUUAGACAACGAAAUGGGCUGGGCCUACCCCCAGCCACCAGCCCUCAUCCUCCACCCAGUGCUCUGGUUUAUGCCUGUCUCCUGACUGCUCUGCUUAAAGGUGAAAAGUAGCAGGAACAACAACAAAAGCCAACCAAAAACAAGGUAGCCAGUGCAAGACAUCUCACUCUUCUGACAUUCUGCAGUCCCCACCAGUCCCGACCGUGGGCCCCUCAGGGGUCUGGGAGUGUGACGUUGUAAUCUUCAUCCGUCUCUAUCCCAACUUCCUCCUGUGGGACAGGGAGACAAGUGAAUGAGACGUCACCAGGAUAAGACCACAGGGAAGCAAAGAAAGAAGAGAGUACCACUUACAAAGAACUGCUUCUUGCUCUUGGGGUAUCCUUCAAGUAUUGCAUCAGACAGCUCUGUAGCCUGACAAGAAAUAAAACCACCCGUUUUCAGAUGGGCAGCACUGGGCACUGCCUGUCAGUUUAUGA